AGUACCAGCGUGCACAAAAAAAUUUAAUGUAGAAGAGCGUCAUUUUUUCCGAUUUCCGAAGGAACAUGAAAGAUGGUUGCAAUGGAUACGAGCAUGUGGAAGACUGGACUUAGAACCAAAAGGUCCAGAAUAUGCAUAUCACAAUUGUCGGUUGUGCCAUUUGCAUUUCGAAGAAAAAUGGUACAAAAUAAAUAAAAUGAGAACUCGUCUUCAUCCAGAUGCCAUACCGACAAUAUUUUUUGUACCAGAAUGUGGGAAAGAAAACACGAUUGACAUGGACAUUAAAAUCGAAGCAGAAACAAAUAAAAACAUAGAUGGAGAACCUGCAAAUAAAAUAAAACAGGAAAAAAACAGCAAUAUGGAAUCAGCAGAAACACUGCCAAUUAUUGUUGAUAAUGUGGAUGCUGAGACAGUUAAACCAAGUACAUCCAAGGAUACCAAACAGGACAUGAAAUCGUCGAAGGAUAGCCCAAGGAAAAAGAAGCUGUGUUUGAAGUUCGCAAAAUUGAAGGCAGAAAAUAAAACACUCCGCGAAACAAUCCGACGACUUCGUUUGAAAGAAAAGAAGAAGAGCAUACAAACCAGAGUAAUAAACAAAAAACUUUAAAAAAAUUAGGCCGGAUGAAUAACAAGGAUGACAACAAAUCAACAAUUUCGGUCAAUGAAGCUCGUGGCAUCAUAAAUUUUACACACUUACAUAUUAAA